AUGCACUACAUCAAGGGGGCCAAAAAUGUUGGUGCUGACGCUUUUUCGCGGAUGCGAUUUGACAACUUAGAGACAAAGUCUAAGUUGCAGCUUGCGGAGGAGGUUUGUAGGACGACGGAUGAGCCAGACUGUGUCAUGCAUGGUCCUGUCCUACGAGAGCACCAAGAGAAAGACGCCAUGAUCCAGAAGAUCAAGACUUCCUGCCUUAAAGGCAACAACAACCCCGACUACCAGCUCCUACCGGUACUCGGCUGCACACUGGUUGCGUACCAAAAGCGCGUCAUUGUGCCCGACAGCCUGCGCGAUGACCUAAUUAAUUGGUACCAUUUGAGUCUCAGCCACCCGGGAAGUGAACGCCAGUACAAGACGAUGAGACAGGUGCUUUACUGGCCCGGCAUGGAAGCCGAUAUAAACAAGGAGACGAAGAAUUGUCUCGUUUGCAAGAAGGCCAGGGUACAUGGAGGCAAGCAAGACUACGGAUUAUUGCCACCUCGGACACUCAAGACAGUGAACCCUUUCGACUCGGUUCACGCUGAUUUAAUUGGUUCCUACGAGGAUGGAUAUUAUGGCAUCACUAUGGUCGAUCACGCCACGCGUUGGCUGGAAGUGGGUAUCCAGCCUGAUAAAGUUCUCUGA